AAUUUGUUCACUUUUGUAAUUUUUAUUUUAUUUCAAAACACACAAUCGACUUCCAGAACUUGGGAUGGAAAAAGAACAGACCUUGAGCACACAUAGCUGAGCGUGUUCCUGAACGCACCUGUAUAGGUGAGAGAUAUCAGGUGAAAGCCUUCUCUUAUCUCGGAAAAAAAAAUCAAUAAUGUUCCCUGUCACGUGACGUCACACGAAGUGAACGCAUGGACAGGUCUCGCGAUACUUGUUGAUCUUAUCCGGUAAGUAUCAUUUUACAAGAGUUGUACCAGGGAUAUGGAGCAAAUAAGAGAGUCACCCUCUCAAAUUCAAUCUCAUUCUCUGGAAGGUUUCAUUCCUCUUCUCACUCUUACUGAGGGAUGUGGCGCGCUUCUUAUAAUCUUGAUGGCUGUGUGGACAGGAUAUUAUAGACAAGGUUUCUCAUGGAGAUCUAAUCCGAAACUCGAAUUUAACUGGCAUCCUUUAUUAAUGACUAUAGGGCUUGUAUUUUUAUAUGCCAAUGCCAUGCUUCUCUAUAGAACGCAAAGAAAUGUUCGCAAGCGGCGACUAAAGUUAACUCAUGCAGGAAUGAUGUUAUUUAUUAUAUUGUUAGUGGUGAUCGCUUUAGUAGCCGUUUUCGACAGUCACAAUCUUGCUCCGACUCCUAUACCAAAUAUGUAUUCCCUACAUAGUUGGGUUGGAUUGACUACCGUAAUAUUAUUCUGCUGUCAGUGGGUCGCUGGAUGUGUUUCCUUUCUUUAUCCCGGAUUGCAAACUCCAUUACGAGUUUCUUAUAUGCCAUUGCAUGUAUUUUUUGGCAUUGCUGCCUUUGUGGGCGCAAUUGCUUCGUGCUUGUUGGGACUUAACGAGAAAGCGUUCCUUGCAUUACCAGAAUAUUCAGCUUUUGUCAGUGAAGGGAUACUGAUAAACUUUAUAGGAUUGCUGCUCGUAUUGUUUGGAGGCUUAUCUGUAUACUUAGUAACACAGGAACGUUAUCGGCGUUUAUCGAGAUCUGAAGAUGAAGUUCUGUUAUCCGGUUAAUAUACGAAUUAUGAUGUGUUGCCAGAUUUGUUCAUCGAUAUAAACAACUGGAUUACUAUUCCAAACUUAAUAAGUAUUUACUUAAUAAGUAUUUACUACAAAUUUCUUAUGUGAGUUUUCUUAUGUUAAUUUCAUAAAUAAGAUUGAUCCAAUUGAUUGGAGCACAUACACAAAAAAAAGAAUAAAAAAACAAUGGCCGCGUUUAUGUCAGACAAAGCUGCCAGCUGUUUUACUGAGUGAUAGAACAUGAUUGAUUAGACUGUUGACAAAAAUUCUCAAUGUUUUUAAGAAUUUUUCAGAUUUUAAAGGAACAU